UGCUGAUAUACAGAAACCAGAGAUCGCCAUGGCUCGGUGAGGUGACGAGCUGACGGGUGGAUGGCGCCCAUUAUCUCCACUUCUCAGUCCUGAAAAAGUUUUCCUGAAAAACCGCAAGGGGAGGAGAAGGCACCAACAGAACAUAAGGAACACAAUACAAGAAGAGGAUUAGGAGUGAGGAGCAAGGAAAGGAAGAGCAAGAUAGAUAUUGUGGAGGCUUCAGAGAGCUAAAAAGUAGUUUUUAGAUGAAAGGACCAAGUUGUCAGUAGCUCUGGUUUUUGGUUUUUAAGUUCUGCGCAAGGCUAUUACAUACAAUAGCUGCAUUAGGAAACAAUCGUCUAAAAGGAAUUUACCUCCUUUAUAUUGGGAAAAUAUAUUCAACUCAGUGGUUUCAACGCUUCUUGGAAUUUUAAAACAUGUUUCAAGCCUUUGUUCGGCAAGCAUACCAACCGCUAUCCAGCCACCAGCAAGGGGAAUCUGAAACCAAGUACAAGGGGAAGCUGGUGCAUGAAACUCAGCUCAACUGCUUCUACAUCAAACCUGGAGGUUCCAACUAUGGGAGUCCCCGUCCAGCUCAUGCCAACAUGAAUGCCAAUGCAGCUGCAGGGCUUGCCCCAGAGCACAUCCCUACACCAGGGGCAGCUCUGUCCUGGCAAGCUGCAAUUGAUGCUGCCAGGCAAGCCAAAUUGAUGGGUAGUGCUGGCAAUGCAACAAUAUCCACAGCUAGCUCCACGCAGAGAAAACGGCAGCAGUAUGGGAAACAGAAAAAACAGGGUACCACGACAGCUACGCGUCCUCCCCGGGCACUGCUGUGUUUAACACUGAAAAAUCCCAUCCGGAGGGCAUGCAUCAGCAUCGUCGAAUGGAAACCAUUUGAAAUAAUUAUUUUACUGACUAUUUUUGCCAAUUGUGUGGCCUUAGCUAUCUAUAUCCCCUUUCCAGAAGAUGAUUCCAAUGCCACCAAUUCCAAUCUGGAACGAGUGGAAUAUCUCUUUCUCAUAAUUUUUACAGUGGAAGCAUUUUUAAAAGUAAUAGCAUAUGGACUUCUCUUUCAUCCCAACGCUUACCUCCGCAAUGGCUGGAAUUUACUAGAUUUUAUAAUUGUGGUAGUAGGGCUUUUUAGUGCAAUUUUAGAACAAGCAACCAAAGCAGAUGGGGGGAAUUCAAUAGGAGGAAAAGGUGCCGGAUUUGACGUUAAAGCACUGCGGGCUUUCCGAGUAUUACGUCCCUUACGACUGGUGUCUGGAGUUCCUAGUCUCCAGGUGGUUUUAAAUUCAAUUAUCAAGGCCAUGGUCCCUUUGCUGCAUAUUGCCCUGCUGGUGCUGUUUGUCAUCAUUAUCUAUGCCAUCAUUGGACUGGAAUUAUUCAUGGGAAAGAUGCAUAAGACCUGCUACCAUGUGCAAGGGGGGCUGAUAGAUACACCUGCAGAAGAUGACCCAUCUCCCUGUGCACCCCAGUCUGCACAUGGGCGGCAGUGCCAGAAUGGAACCGAGUGCAAGGCAGGCUGGGAGGGACCCAAGCACGGCAUUACAAACUUUGACAAUUUUGCUUUUGCCAUGCUGACAGUGUUUCAGUGCAUCACAAUGGAGGGAUGGACAGAUGUACUCUACUGGGUCAAUGAUGCCAUAGGAAGGGACUGGCCCUGGAUCUAUUUUGUUACACUAAUCAUCAUAGGGUCAUUUUUUGUACUUAACUUGGUUCUCGGUGUACUUAGCGGGGAAUUUUCCAAGGAAAGAGAGAAGGCUAAGGCUCGGGGAGAUUUCCAAAAGUUACGGGAAAAGCAACAGCUAGAAGAGGAUUUGAAGGGCUAUUUAGACUGGAUAACUCAAGCAGAAGAUAUUGACCCAGAAAAUGAAGAUGAAGGCAUGGAUGAGGAGAAGCCUCGAAACAGAAGCACUCCAGCUGGCUUGCCUGAUAAGAAGAAAGAAAAGUUUUCUUGGUUUAGUCACUCCACAGAAACCCAUGUGAGCAUGCCCACCAGUGAGACCGAGUCCGUGAACACAGACAACGUCCCUGGAACAGAUAUUGAAGGAGAAAACUGCGGUGCUAGGCUAGCGCAUCGGAUCUCCAAAUCUAAAUUUAGUCGCUAUUGGCGCCGAUGGAAUCGAUUCUGCAGACGAAAGUGCCGUGCUGCUGUCAAGUCCAAUGUUUUCUACUGGUUGGUGAUCUUCCUUGUGUUUCUCAACACCCUUACCAUUGCUUCUGAACACUACAACCAGCCAGACUGGCUCACUGAGGUUCAAGACACUGCCAAUAAGGUGCUGCUAGCUCUUUUCACGGCAGAGAUGCUGCUGAAGAUGUACAGCCUUGGUCUCCAGGCCUAUUUUGUGUCCCUCUUCAACCGCUUUGACUGUUUCAUUGUGUGUGGAGGAAUCCUGGAAACCAUUCUGGUUGAGACGAAGAUCAUGUCACCACUGGGCAUUUCUGUGUUGAGAUGUGUUCGGCUAUUAAGAAUAUUUAAAAUCACAAGAUAUUGGAACUCCCUGAGCAACCUAGUGGCUUCACUCCUGAAUUCAGUCCGUUCCAUUGCCUCCCUCCUGCUGCUCCUCUUCCUCUUUAUCAUCAUCUUCUCCCUGCUGGGGAUGCAGCUUUUUGGGGGCAAGUUUAACUUUGAUGAAAUGCAGACCAGGAGGAGUACAUUUGACAACUUCCCCCAGUCUCUCCUCACUGUGUUUCAGAUCCUGACUGGGGAGGACUGGAAUUCGGUGAUGUAUGAUGGGAUCAUGGCUUAUGGCGGCCCCUCUUUUCCAGGAAUGUUGGUCUGUAUUUACUUCAUCAUCCUCUUCAUCUGUGGGAACUACAUCCUCCUGAAUGUCUUUCUGGCCAUUGCUGUGGACAACCUUGCUGAUGCGGAGAGUUUAACAUCUGCACAGAAAGAGGAGGAAGAGGAAAAAGAAAGGAAAAAACUAGCUAGGACUGCUAGUCCUGAAAAGAAACAGGAGAUAGAGAAAACAGCUGUGGAGGAGGAGACAAAGGAGGAGAAAAUUGAGCUGAAAUCAAUCACUGCUGAUGGAGAAUCGCCACCUGCUACAAAGAUAAACAUGGAUGACUAUCAGCCGAAUGAAAAUGAAGAAAAGAGCCCAUAUCCCACAACAGAAGGACCAGCAGAGGAAGAUGAGGAAGAACCUGAGAUGCCUGUCGGCCCUCGGCCUCGCCCAAUGUCUGAGCUGCACCUCAAGGAAAAGGCUGUGCCCAUGCCUGAUGCCAGCGCAUUUUUCAUCUUCAGUCCUAACAACAGGUUUCGUGUCCACUGCCAUCGAAUCGUUAACGAUAACAUUUUCACCAACCUGAUCCUAUUUUUCAUCUUGCUCAGCAGCAUCUCCUUGGCAGCUGAGGACCCCGUCCGACACCUCUCCUUUAGGAAUCAAGUUCUCUUUUAUUUUGAUAUAGUUUUUACUGUCAUUUUCACCAUUGAAAUUGCUCUGAAGAUGACUGCAUACGGGGCUUUCCUCCAUAAGGGCUCCUUCUGCAGAAACUAUUUCAACAUCUUAGACCUGCUGGUGGUCAGCGUUUCUCUCAUCUCUUUCGGAAUCCAAUCCAGUGCCAUCAAUGUGGUGAAGAUUUUGCGUGUUCUGCGAGUGCUUAGACCACUGAGGGCCAUCAACAGAGCCAAAGGACUAAAGCAUGUAGUCCAGUGUGUGUUUGUUGCCAUCCGAACCAUCGGAAACAUUGUGAUUGUCACCACUUUGCUGCAGUUCAUGUUUGCCUGCAUUGGAGUUCAGUUGUUUAAGGGCAAACUCUACAGCUGCACUGACAGCUCCAAGCAGACUGAAGCAGAAUGCAGAGGAUACUACAUCACAUACAAGGAUGGUGAGGUCAGUCAGCCAAUGAUCCAGCCCCGGAGCUGGGAGAACAGCAAGUUUGACUUCGACAAUGUCUUGACUGCCAUGAUGGCCCUCUUCACUGUCUCAACCUUCGAGGGCUGGCCAGAGUUGCUGUAUAGGUCCAUUGAUUCCCACAUGGAGGAUGUGGGACCCAUCUAUAAUCACAGGGUUGAGAUCUCCAUCUUCUUUAUUAUCUACAUCAUCAUCAUUGCUUUCUUCAUGAUGAACAUCUUCGUUGGUUUCGUCAUCGUCACAUUUCAGGAACAAGGAGAACAAGAAUACAAGAACUGUGAGCUGGACAAGAACCAGCGCCAGUGCGUAGAGUAUGCCCUGAAGGCCCGGCCCCUGCGGAGAUACAUCCCAAAAAAUCAGUACCAGUACAAAGUUUGGUAUGUGGUCAACUCCACCUAUUUUGAAUACCUGAUGUUCGUUUUGAUCCUGCUGAACACCAUCUGUCUGGCCAUGCAACACUACGGUCAGAGCUGCAUGUUCAAGGAAGCCAUGAACAUCCUCAACAUGCUUUUCACUGGGCUCUUCACUGUCGAGAUGGUCCUGAAGUUAAUUGCCUUCAAACCCAAGGGUUACUUUAGUGAUCCUUGGAAUGUUUUUGACUUCCUCAUCGUAAUUGGCAGCAUUAUAGACGUCAUUCUCAGUGAAACUAAUCACUAUUUCUGUGAUGCAUGGAAUACAUUUGACGCCUUGAUUGUUGUGGGUAGCAUUGUUGAUAUAGCAAUCACCGAGGUGAACCCAGCUGAAAAUACCCAAUGCUCUUCCUCUAUGAACGCAGAGGAAAACUCUCGCAUCUCAAUCACCUUCUUCCGACUCUUCCGUGUGAUGCGUCUUGUGAAGCUCCUGAGCCGAGGGGAGGGCAUCCGGACACUGCUUUGGACCUUCAUCAAAUCCUUCCAGGCUCUCCCCUAUGUGGCUCUUCUAAUAGUGAUGUUGUUCUUCAUCUACGCCGUGAUCGGGAUGCAGGUAUUUGGUAAAAUUGCGCUGAACGAUACCACAGAAAUCAACCGCAACAACAACUUCCAGACCUUCCCCCAGGCGGUGCUGCUGCUUUUCAGGUGUGCCACCGGUGAGGCCUGGCAGGAAAUCAUGCUGGCGUGUCUCCCAGACAAGAAGUGCGACCCAGAGUCAGAGCCGGCCAACUCCACUGAAGCUGACCACUCCUGUGGCAGCAGCUUCGCUGUCUUCUACUUCAUAAGCUUCUACAUGCUCUGUGCCUUCCUGAUCAUCAAUCUUUUUGUAGCUGUUAUAAUGGAUAACUUCGAUUACCUGACACGGGACUGGUCCAUUUUAGGACCUCACCACCUAGAUGAGUUUAAAAGGAUCUGGGCAGAGUAUGACCCUGAAGCCAAGGGACGGAUCAAGCACUUGGACGUGGUGACAUUGCUCCGGCGGAUUCAGCCUCCACUGGGCUUCGGGAAGCUUUGCCCUCACCGAGUGGCUUGCAAACGCCUUGUCUCCAUGAAUAUGCCACUGAACAGCGAUGGAACUGUCAUGUUCAAUGCCACUCUCUUUGCACUGGUCAGAACUGCACUGAGGAUCAAGACGGAAGGUAACCUGGAGCAAGCCAAUGAAGAGCUCAGAGCAAUAAUUAAGAAAAUCUGGAAGCGCACCAGUAUGAAGUUGCUGGACCAGGUGGUGCCUCCUGCAGGUGAUGAUGAGGUGACUGUUGGGAAGUUCUACGCCACUUUCCUGAUUCAAGAGUAUUUCCGGAAGUUCAAGAAACGCAAAGAGCAGGGCCUGGUGGGCAAGCCUUCCCAGCGCAACGCACUCUCCUUGCAGUUUGCUGUUUUGCAGGCUGGUUUGCGCACACUUCACGACAUUGGUCCAGAGAUCCGACGAGCAAUCUCUGGAGACCUGACAGCUGAAGAAGAGCUAGAUAAGGCUAUGAAAGAAGCUGUUUCUGCUGCCUCUGAAGAUGAUAUCUUCCGGAGAGCCGGAGGCUUGUUUGGAAACCAUGUCAGCUAUUACCAAAGUGAUGGCAGGAGUGCGUUCCCCCAGACAUUCACCACCCAGCGACCUUUGCACAUCAAUAAGUCUGGCAACAACCAGGGAGAUACCGAGUCUCCAUCUCAUGAGAAGUUGGUGGACUCCACCUUCACUCCCAGCAGCUACUCAUCUUCAGGCUCCAAUGCAAACAUCAACAAUGCCAACAACACUGCCCUGUGCCGCUUCCCAAGCCCACCCAGCUACCCCAGCACUGUCAGCACAGUGGAAGGCCAUGGGACUCCAUUGUCGCCCACCAUACGUGUGCAAGAAGCUCCUUGGAAAUUACCAUCCAAAAGGACGCACUACUACGAAACAUUGGGACGCUCCAGUUCCAGAGACAGCCAGCUGGCAAUUGUUUGCCAAGAGGAAGUGUCUCAGGAUGAGACUUAUGAUGAAAAUUUGAAUGAAGACAUUGAGUACUGUAGUGAACCAAGUCUGCUCUCUACUGAAAUGCUCGCAUACCAAGAUGACGAAAACAGACAACUUACUCCACCAGAAAACAACAAAGGAGAGGACACCCGGCACUCUCCGAAGAAAGGGUUUCUGUGCUCCUCAGCACUAGGCCGACGAGCAUCUUUUCACUUAGAGUGUCUGAAAAGACAGAAAAACCAGGGCGUAGAUGUCUCACAGAAGACAGUUCUGCCUUUACAAAUGGUACAUCAUCAGGCAUUGGCGGUGGCCGGCCUGAGCCCCCUCCUCCAGCGAAGCCAUUCCCCCACCACGUUCUCCCGGCUGUGCGCCACACCACCUGCUACACCCUGCAGCCGAGGCUGGCCACAGCAGCCCAUCCCGACGCUGCGCCUCGAGGGGGCUGAGUCCAGCGAGAAGCUCAACAGCAGCUUCCCCUCCGUGCACUGCAGCUCCAGGUUCCCCGACAGCUCUGACUGUGGCAGCCCAAGAAGAGCCAGGCCGGUGUCCCUCACCGUCCCCAGCCAGACAGCGGGGAGCAGCAGGCAGUUCCACGGCAGCGCCAGCAGCCUGGUCGAAGCGGUAUUGAUUUCGGAAGGACUGAUGCAGUUUGCUCAAGAUCCAAAGUUCAUUGAGGUCACGACCCAGGAACUCGCUGAUGCUUGCGACAUGACGAUAGAAGAGAUGGAAAACGCAGCAGACAACAUUCUCAAUGGUAACAGCAAGCAGAGCCCCAAUGGCAACCUGUUGCCUUUUGUUAACUGCAGGGACGCAGGGCAGGACAGUGCAGGCGAGGAAGAGGAAGAGGUGCAGAACCCGGAUUGUAGAAAAAGUCAGGAGGAGCUGAAGGACAGCAGGAUUUAUAUCAGCAGCCUGUAGUUGCCAGGGCUGGAAGCAAUGCUGGUUUUUUAUUUGUUUCAAUGUUCCUAAUGGGUUUGUUUCAGAAGUGCCUCACUGUUCUCGUGACCUGGAGUAACCGGAACAGCGUUCUUCAUUCAUUUCUGUUGGGACGAGUCGCAGAGUUGGGUGGUGGCAGAGAGCUUGUCAGGAGCGGAUAGGACCCCGGCACGCAGCCGCCUGGAAAGAGCGCGGCGCCCAGGAGGAGAGCCAGCUCCCUCUUUUUCCAGUCCCUGCACAAGGCACGACGACUGCCUCCCAAGGGCGGCCCAGCCAAACGCGCCUAGCCUCCAGCGGGCAUCCUUCAACUUUGCUUGUAAAAAUCAUUUUGCACAUGUUCUGUCCGAGCCUCACCACCCCCAGCCACCCCGGCCCCGCCGCCCGGGCCCGGAGGACGCAGCACCGCCAAAAGGGGAGCGCGGGGACUGCAGUGGCUCCUGCUGUUGGCCAAUCAGAGCUCGAGGGUUGCUCACCAGCCAACCCGAGUGCAGGCACGCCACCUGCCGACCAAUUGGAGCUCAGACAGCCGGCCCCGCCAGCCAGUGGGAGAGUGGGGAGUGGCCAGGCACGGGUCUCUCCUUGUCCCGCAGUUCGGUGUUUCCUUGAGAGCAUGUUGCGGUUUUUAUUUUGACUAUUUUAUUUUUAUUAUAAUUUUUCAGAGGGAGAAGGGAGUGUUUACAAGGUUCUGUAACCACCGACCUUUUUGUUUGGGUUUAUUUUCACCUUUGCAGAUGUUACGUUGGUUUGACCAUUGUUGUAUUAUUUAAGCCAGGUUCUUUUCUCCAUUGGCGUUUGGUAGAAGCAUAACGCUGUAGGCGAGUUUUACCGAUCACUAUGUACACCGAGACUCUGUCAUUUGAUUUGCAAGCGAGCAGAACCUCCUUUUUUUGUUGUUGUGUUAUCACAUAAUGGCAGCGGGCAGCGCGCUUGGCACAGCCCCACACGUCCCAGGGACCAAUGGGGCCGUUGGGAUGCAGUGCCAAAGCAGCGCCUGCUGUCGGGAGGGGAAUCAGUAACUCUUUGCAUCUUCUGUUCCACAAGAUAUGCAAAAACAAUGCAAUAAUAUUAAUUUUAAAAUACAAUCGUGAGUCGUGUUGGCAUUAAAACUGUAUAGAAAAAAAAAAAAAAAACUAAUGGGGUAGGGGGACAACCAAGCAGAAGGCGUUACGCUUCAAUAUAUUCCGUGUGAUGUUUUAUUGCAUUGAUGAUGUUUCUGUUGAAGAAACCGUUAUACUUGAAUUCAGGUCAGUUUCGGUAUUUUUCAAAUAUUUUUUUAAAAGGAAUUGCAAUUGUGCCAAGCAAAUAUAUCAAAUCGAAUUAAGUUUGUUUAAGAAGAAAAAAAAAACAGAAAAAAACAGUCACUUCUUGUAUAUUUUGCUGCAUGUCAAGUGAAUCAUUUCGUAUUUGGAAUGUGCCAAGCUUUACCUUUGAACUUUUAAGUGCUUUUCUACGUGUGGUCGGGGACAGGGGUACUAUUUUUUUUCCAUUUUUAAUUUGUACAAUGAACAAAGUGUACCUGGUGUAAGUGACUAUUCUGCAAUCCACUGACGGGUCAAACGUUACUGAUUUUGCAUAUCUUGUGUUCAUUACCCUUCCUCCUCAGCUCUUUAAACAUGCACGAUGACUUUGUUGGUAGAGUACCUUUCUUCCCGAGGCCGGGAUGUUUUUUCAGGCUUUCUUCUCUUUCCUUUUGCUCAGCCUCUCCGAAGGUCUCUUCCCACAAGAGGGUGGCGAGAUCCCCAAGCCCAUGUGAAAGAUCCAUCCUAUUUCUUCAGCUGGCACCAGCAAUUCAGGGAGGGAGAAAGCACCUGCUUGCAGACUGAGGUUAGAUAGUUCAUCCUGAUCAUUGUAACAGGAUCUUGGAAUAAGCAAAUGCAAAUGGCAGAAUCGUUUGCAAAAUAAAUGUGCCUAAUUCUGGACUGAAAGCACUGGGUGAUGGACAGAGCUCUGGAUUGUUGCUUAGGAAAAUUGCUGUGGUCUGGUCAUGACACGGAUGUUUGGUGACUUUUGUGUGUUUCCGUGCACAUUCCCAGACCUUAGCAUAUGGGUCAUGCUCCAAGUCACAAAACAUCCGAUGGCGCAGCAUGUCCCAGCCAUAUUUCCCUGCUGCUGAGUGUGAACCUCUCCUGAUUCACCACGAUGGUACACAGCCUUAACCUGUGGCAGAGGCUGAAAAACCAGGGAGAUAUUAUUAGAUUUUAUGUGUCUGAUUUCUGUCUAGACUGCUGCUGGUUUUCUCCCUUUUCAAGAUGUUUCAUAAAUUUGCAGAUGAGUGCUCAGAGGUGUGAUCUGACUCAGAGCUAAACUUUCAUUCCAGUCUUGAGCUUCACAGAUGUUUGAGUACAUCAUUUAUUAUGUAUUUUUGUAAUGCCCUUGGGUUUACUUCUUGACUCUGCUGGGGCCAUUAAGCAGAAAUAGUGGAAGAUAUUUUUGAAAGUGCACUUUUUCCUUGUUAUUUUGAACUGACCAGUAGCAGCUCAAGAUGCCUUGCCAACAAAUUCUUUUAAACUGGGGAAAUGUGAACCCACUUAAGCAACCAUCUGGCAUCAGAGUCCCAAUCCAAGUCUUUGGAGAAAGCAACCACCUGAAGUCUGUCAGCCUCAUUUUUCCAUCCCUCUUGUCUGUACCAAGAUUGGCAUGCGAGCAGUUCUCCCUUUGUGAGUUUGUUGUUGGUAGCUCUGCAGUGCUCGAAAGCUACUUGAAAGGAAAUAAUGCUGUGCUGGCUGUUUUCUGAAAACGAAAGCAGCAAAGGGGCUCCCUAUCUCAUUUUCCUCCACUAGAAAGUCCCCCUGGCCCUCCCAGUAAGAGACAGAGGUGCUCCUUGCUCCUGAUUAACAAAGUACUGGCCUAGACCAGCGGAGGCAAGAGGCAUUAUGGAUGUCUGCCAGCACUUGUCAUCUUUUAGGACUUUUCCUGAAGGGAAGGAGAAAAAUGGAAAGGACUGUGCCUUGCACAUUGCUGGUGAAGCUGUGGCUCCCCCAUGGGUCAAAGCCGACAAUAGCCAGGAAAUACCCGCAGCCUACUGGAAAAUGGCUUAGCUCCUGCAGAGAAGUGCAUGGCUAGCAGAGCAUGCAGAUGCCUUGUGCUGUCUGAGGGGCAGGUGUUCAGUAUAGGCAUUGCUGGUGCCAGCUGUGCAAUUUUCUCUUUCUGGAGAGGGUGGCUUUUUUUUGUUUCUUUUUAUUUGAGGUACACGCAACGUGCACAUUGUGACAGGUCUGAGCAAAGAGCUACUGUGCUCCUUCAGGUGGGGUGGAGUCUGGGGGUGAUGGAAGUGGGGCAGGCAAAGUACAUGGGAGUCCUUCCUCUCCCAGUGUGUGGGAGUAGAUGGUGGGUACAGUCACUGUGCUGUGGAUGGAAGCCAUGGAGGAACCAAUGGCCAAGGAGUGGCAUGGAAGGAAGGAAAGAAAGGGGAAAACAAUCUGCUGUUUGGCACUGAGCAUCUCUGACUUGCAGAAGUACACUGCAGACUAAAGACAUUUCUUACAAACAACAAACCUCAUCCCUUUACCACUCCUGCUCAUUACUCUGGGCAGUACUGAUCCAGCCACACCGGGUGCAUUUCUUUUUUCUUCCUUAUUCUGUGUGGCUGAUGUGACAGGGAAGCAAGCGGAACUCGUGGUCCAGAGCUGGAGUUUCACUAUCCACAGACCUUUUUUGCAUCACCUGUAUCUUCAGCUGGACAUACGGAUGAUGACGGCGUGGAUGCUGCUGCUACUGCAGGGUCCAGCCUGGUUUGUUACCCUGCCCACUUCACCCAGCACGGAAGGACAGCCGGACAACCAGAGAGGUGCCAUGUACAGAACCGCAUCUAUUUCUGCUUUGUUUUCUGACUCAGAACCCUGCCCCCAGUGACUAUGACAACGAUGAUGAAAACAACAACAACAAAAAAAGGGCAAAUGCAUUUUUUACAUUUCUUGAUAAUUUCCAAAGCAAUGUAUCAUUGCUUUCUUUAGACUGACGCCAAUAUAACAGUUGUAUGGGUCUCAGCCAGGCUCCUGUGUCUUUUCUGCCUGAUAGUUUCAGAUUGCUGUAUGAAAUGUAUGCGCGUUUGCACACAGACACAAUCGCACAAGGUGACAGCACCACGAGCCCGUGGGGUUGCGGACUUGUGUUGAAGGUGAAGCUGGAGGCCUUGCUUCAUACGUCUAGGUGAGAAACCCCAACCCAUGGGCCCAGAAAGCUGAAGUGGGGAAUCCCCACUGAGUCAGAACUGAGCAUCCUAUGGUAUGGGCCAGUUGAGACUGUCCCAGGAUAGGGUGGGAAGAGGAACAGUGAGCGGGAAACAAAGUAAAUAGAAUCCAUUCAGAGGCAGUGGUGAGAUUUUGUAAGUUCCAAUAAUUAAUUUGUAGUACGUACUAAAAAUACAUAUAUUCCUGGCCAUCAGAAGCCCUGUUCCCAUCUUGCUAAUACAAGGACAGAGUUCACUAGUGGUCAGGGAGGUUUUACUAAUGUAAAAGAUGUGGAAAACAGAACUGAGCCUAGAAAGAACUUAAUAUUAUUUUUCCUACAUUUCUUCUCCAAAGAUUAAGAAAAGCAAAUUUCAAUAGCUGCAUAGGAUUUCUUUUCUCAUCUUUUGAAUGUUGCAAAGAUAUUAAAGUCUCAUUCUGGGUUAGCAAGCCCAGGGAUCCAAAAGGUUUCCAAUGGGGAUCUCAGUCUGUGGAGCUUUGCUCUCUCUUGCUUUGUUUCUGGACAGCUGAAUUGUGGCCUUGCUGCUCCAGUGCCUGAGAAGGUAUGGCUGAAGGCAGAAACACAGCAAAAAGAAAUCCUGUACUGAAAACAGACCAAGCUAUAACUGCUAUCAGAGCAGUAGCAUCACACUGGAGUGGAAAAAUCCUUUUCUGAAAAGAAAUUUAAUGUUCUAGUUCAAUCUUCCAUCUUUCCCCCACCCUAUGCAGGGAACGUGACUUAACUGUUAACACAUGAUCUUAAAACAGGCCUUUAAGGGCACAGACCUUGAUUGAGCUGCCAAAAUGUGUGUAUCCUCUGCUAUCUGAGACACCCUGCAGUAUUCUGCCCAGCCUGCAACAGAAGAAGUUCCAGGAGGGCAAAACAUUUCCCCUUGACUGGUGCCAUGUCUGCCAGCCCCAUGUGUGCUGUGUGGGCCUCAGGCGGCAGGGGACAGUUAGGCAACUUAACCAAGUCCCUUUCUGAAGGGCUAACCAAGCCGAGCAGCACCAACGGCUGAAGUAAGGAGGAAAUCUUCUUUAGCAUUACCAAGGGCUUAGCAAGGCAUGACUGGGAGCCCAUCUCCAUGCUCCCAUGCUGUUCUCCCACUCCACGCCAUGCGACCAAGCCCUGCUCCUAUGGCCUGGAGCCCUGGCACCCUGCCCAGCCCUUACCUAGCACAGGCCUAGUGCCUGCACCCCAGGCCCUCGGAGUAGCAGCAAGAGCAGGCAUGGUCCCACCACACAGUGCAUUUUUUUUUUCUGACAGCGUUCAAAUAACCCCUUUCCAAAGCAUUUUCCUAUUCAAGACAGACCCACGGGCUCAGACACCAUUCAUUAGCCUCAUCAUUCUGAGGAUAAAAUACCUGUUUUUCUGUUUUGUUUUGCAUUUUGUCCAGUCAGGCAAAAUGCAAACUCUUCCUCAAAAAGGCUGUAAUGCCUUUUAUUUUUUUAUUUUUUUCUAAUAGUUUAAGCAUCCUAAGCCAGUCCACUCCCAUCCUAAGCAGGUAGACUGCUAACCAAGACUACCUAAAUAUCAUCAACUUCACGACUGCUCAUUGGAGUGAUUGGUUCAGGAUUAUUCAGUCUUGACAAUUUGAAUGUGGGAAGAUUUCAGAGGAGGAGGAGUCAGAUUGUAAAUAUCUCUUUGACAACACUGCUGCAUCACACACAAAAACGGGGAGAUACUUUCAAAACUGCCUUAAAAAUCAAUUCCGAAUGACGGAGUCUCCCUCCAAACAAUUGCCACUUGGUAGACCAAGGGAUAAGUCGCUUUGGGUAAAUUCUAGCAAGAAGUGGUUGGAAUCUGGUCCAGUUUGGGAAGUGUAAAUGUAAUUUAGGAGCUGAUCUCUCUCUCAGUCUGACUUCAUAUCCACACUAACGACUGAGCACUGCAGGAUCAAAACUCCUUAAGGCAUGGGGUUGCUGUACCUGGCCUGUAUCUGUAUGGCGCGGUCUGGCCUGGCAAGGUACUGCAUACCUGUGUUUCCCGGUGACUUCAGGGAAGAUGGGGUUUCCUCAACACCUCUUCAGUUCAGGCCCUGGAGCAUCAUUUCCUGCUCUGAUCAUCAGCUAUAACUGUUGAUAAAUAUAAGUGUUUUGCCUUCAUUUGAAUUGCCCAGAGCUGUAAAAUGACCUCUCUCAAGUAUAAACCAGUCAGUCACCUCCUCUCCCACUCUUCCCUGUGCUCUCUGCCCACCCCAGCCCUCCUCUCACCUCCGCCCAAGUCCUUUCCUCUCUCAAGUCUUUACCUCCUUCCACAAUUUUAUAUCUAGUUUUCAUGAAGCCACAGAAAUGCUUUUGUAAAUAAUGCUGUACAGUUUGUAACCAUCAUGUAAGCCUGUCAUCAGUGCCAGAGUCCGUCUUGCCCUCUCGCACGUUUUAAAGUCAACAGAGAAAAGUUAGAGUGAAUGGCCUGCAAGCGAGCUAUAGGGUCAUCUCUGUGUGGGACAAAUGUAUAUUCCUGUAAGAUUGCAUUUUUAUCUAAGGAAUGAUGUUAUUUUAAAAUUGCUAAUAAAUUUCUAAACAAUGUCCA